AUGGCGUCCGUUCGCUUCGCUCCCGCUCUGCGCCAAAAGGCUGCGGCCGCCGUGUCGCCGCGCCUGACACGGUCUGCGCACGACCUUACCAUCUUGAACUCGCCCAAGACCAACGCUGCUGUCCCCAUCACCCGCGCCGGCCCUCCCACCGGUGGCCGUUCGGCUCUUUCGGGUCACGUCGCUACCGUCUUUGGCUGCACCGGCUACCUUGGCCGUUACCUUGUUUCCAAGCUCGCCAAGGAGGGCACCCAGGUCAUCGUUCCCUACCGUGAUGAGGAUGAGAAGCGCAUCCUCAAGGUUAUGGGUGACCUUGGCCAGGUUGUUCCCCUCGAGUGGGACGCGCGCAACCCGGACCAGAUCUACGAGUGUCUGCGUCACUCGGACACCGUUUACAACCUGGUCGGACGUGACUGGGAGACUCGCAACUUCAAGUACGAGGAUGUCAACGUGAAGACCGCCCAGCUCAUUGCCGAGGUCGCCUCUGCUGCCAACGUGGACCAGUUCGUCCACGUCUCGCACCUCAACGCCAACCCCAACUCUGCUUCGGAGUUUUACCGCUCCAAGCACGCGGGUGAGCGCGCAGUCCGCGAUGCCUUCCCCAACGCGACCAUUGUCCGUCCCGGUCAGAUGUUCGGCCCCGAGGACUGGCUCCUCAACCUUGCGGCGCAGUACCCCAUUCUCCUCAAGCUCAACGGCGGCAACACCAAGAUCCUCCCCGUGCACGUGAUGGACGUCGCCGAGGCCCUCAAGACCAUCAUUGACGCCCCCGUCACUUCGGUCGCCUCGACCUUUGCCCUCCCCGGCCCCGCCGUGCACACUUACAACUCGAUCCUCGAGCUCGUGUCCUCCCUCACCUUCAAGCCCGUGACCGCCCCUACUGUCCCCAAGGCCGUCGCCAAGGCCUUUGCCGACAUUGUCAACCAGGCCAUCUGGUGGCCCACCGUCUCGCCCGACGAGAUUGAGCGCAGGUACAUUGAUGACGCUGGCGUUGACAAGUUUGCCCCCAUCGACAACUCUCACUUCCCCGCUGGCUGGGCCCCCGUGUCGCAGAGCCUGGACGUCCCCGCCAUUGACGGCGAGCCGGUCAAGGGCUUCGCCGAGCUCGACAUCACUCCCGACCAUAUCGAAGAGCACGCGAUCAAGUACGUUCGUCGCUACCGCGAAUCAGCGACUUAUGAUACCCCGCUAGAGAGCGGGCACUACAAGGCGCAGAAGCCUUAUCAUGUCGUUCCUUAG